AUGGCACCCAUCAACCCAUCUCACCACCUCAUUGCUCGCACACCCGCAUCACCCGUCCCCUGCGCCGGCUGCCUCGACCCUUCCAAAGUGAACAACAAAGUCUACUUUUCCCUCUUCGCCCUCAUCUUUGCCGCCAUAGUCGUUGCAUCCAUCUGGUUCUUUUUCCACGCCAGAAACGGCGGUUUCCACUGGCAACAAGGCGACUUUGAAGACUGGAAAUCUACAGUAUUGCGCAAGAAAGACGCUAAUGGAAAUACCAUUUACUCUGCACGAUCCGUGGUUUCCAGACCUAGAAAAAGCGAUAGGAUUGCUGCCAAAUCGGUGGUGGGCUAUGAUGAAAAAGGCAGGAAGGGUGUUAUGGCAGUCAGAGGCUUUGGAGGUUCCCACUCAGUUUACUAUUCAGAUGGGUUUACGCAAUACAGUGGCGAUCGCAGUGAUGCCAUGACUAGCAUCUCUCGCAACGAAAAGCGCUCAGCAGCACCAAAAAUCAGAGGCGGAUACACUCAAGCACCCACUACAACCGACCACUCACGCCGCUACCGCGACCGCGACUUGCGCGAGUACAAACACGAGAAACCCGCAAGAGUGGGUGGUAUGAAUAGAUCUGCAGAUGGCACGUCCUACGACUACACGGACCGCAGCGACACCGCCACCGAAAUGACGGAGACUUCUUCGCACGCACCUAUCCUCAGUUCCCAUGACCGCAAACGCCAAAAGGCAGAAAAAGAGCUGCAGAAGACGCUGCGAGAAUGGAAAGAAAAUGGCGCAAAGAGGCCGAAGCAGCUGCUGCUGCGUUGGCUAGAGAGAACGCCACUGCCUCUACUCCUAAGAAGUCAUCACCACCGCAAAAGCACAAGCACCAAAGAGUGCAAAGAGAGGUGCGAGCAGGAGUCGCUCCAGCAGUCCAAAAAGCAGGCCCCGAGACAACGAGAUUACUCCUUCUCGGGUGCACCAGAUGAGAGCAGUACAGUGUAUACAGGCACCUACACCGCCACUUCCGGCACACGCACAAACAGCAGUUAUUAUGAUGCUUAUCGUCCGCUCGCCGCCACCUCGCCUGCUCAACCUUCUUCUGAGCGCAGAGAGCAGCGCAGAGCAGAACGCAGAGCUUCGUCCAGUAGACAUAACUCGUCUUCGCCCUCCAAGCAACACAGAAGCAGCAGGUAUACAUAUGCAGAGAGUGAUGUCACGGGCAGUUCGGGUCAAAGCGGAGGUAGAUACGAGAGGGUCAGGGGUGGUGAGAAGAAGAGCAAAGGAAGAGAUGUGAUGGCUGGAUACCGCAGGGGAAUGGAUAGUCUUGGAAGCGACAGCGAGUAA